CGGUCUAAGCGGUGUCUGGGCCGGCGAAAGGUCUGCGUAAAAUCACAGUCAAAGGUUCGCGAAAAACGGUGACGAAACUACCGGCUGGUCUGCGAAAAUCGAGCACCGGUAGGCUGACGGGAUCUGGACAGUUAGCGAAAACUCUGAGUUGUUUCUCUUCCACGGGCGCUGUCCCCGCCCGCGCGGCCGACGCGCGCCGUGCGUCACACUCCCGACUCAUCUUGGCGGUGCUGUUAACACAUUCGACAAAAUGGUGGACCGACCCGUGAUGUCGCUGCGCCCGUGGUAAUCCGCACUGCUCGUAGCCCCGUCGGCCCCGUUCGUCGAAUUCCGGACGCGAGAACGAAACCGCAAGCUCCACGCGCACGCACCGCAGUAGGGCAACCGGAAACGCGGUAGACUUUUGUGCCCGCGCUCACGUUCGUCCCGGCCGCCGUCCGACGUAUACGGAUCAAACGAUCCCUGUAGUGCGUAUCGACCGUGGACUUAUUCUAUGCUUGCACGUCAUUUCCAUGAAAUCUCCUAUGUCCGAUUGGGUUAAGAAAAAUGACAGUUUUAUCGUCAGCAGAGACAGCUGAACAGCCACCACGCAAGAAGUUGUGUUUAUCAGCAUCCAGGCAACUACAAUCUAAAUCCUAUGCACGCUCCCAACUUAAUCCGAUGGCAUCACCGCUUGAUCAGCCUGUUAUCCGGCACAUCAAGCAACAACAACAAAUACAACAGCAGCAGCAGCAGCAACAAAUCAAUUGUUCUUGUGACAGUGAGAGCAAUGGAACUCCUGGAGUGGCAACUUUGUGUAAUCUUGGCAAUACCUGUUUUCUAAAUAGCGUUCUUUACACAUUAAGAUUUGCACCUUCAUUUUUACAUAAUCUACAUCAUCUAAUUACUGAAUUACAAGAGAUCACUGGAAGGUCGACAAAUGGACUUAAAGGAAAAUGCUCUUCACUCGGACGAAGUACGAGUUCUGUUAGUAGCAAAAUGUGGAACUUUCAAUCUUCAUUAAAUGUAAGUAUGAAUGACCUGAAAAUUAUACAAGUUACCGAACGUCUUCACCAAGUAUUUGAAGCGUUACAUAAUUCUGAGCUUAAAGAUAGUUCAGAUCCAUAUCAACCAGAAGUAUUUUUGCAGUCAUUAAGAGAUGUGAACCCGAUAUUUGAAGGCAAUCAACAACAUGAUGCUCAUGAACUUCUUGUAUGUUUGUUGGACAAUAUUAGAGAAGGAUGUAAAUUAGUGAUGCAGCAUUCUGCCCAAGUAAAUUGCUUUGUUGCGCCUACUCCACCAGUUAUUCAACCUGCACCUAAUAAAUUGAAAAAGUUUUCGGGUCAAGUAAGAAAAUCAUUAAAAAUUGCAUCUAACAGUAAAACACGACCAGUCAAUGGCAGCCUUCCGCCUAGUGUUACUAUCGCUAAUGAUAAGAUGUUACCAGAAAAUGAAAAUUUUGUUGAUGACAAACAAAUGUAUGUUGUUAAUGGAACUGCAAAUGCUGCUCAAUCUGAUGAAACUGAGAGUAUUCCUAGUGGCAGUAGCAGUAGUAGUAGUAGUACAUCAAUGUUCGAUGAUUUUCAAGGUGUUUCUCUACUUCGAACCACAUGUUUAGAAUGUGAAUUUGUUACAGAACGAAAAGAAAGUUUUUGCGAUAUAUGUGUUCCUAUUAAUGGUUUAUCAAAUGGAGAUAUAUCACCUGAGUAUGAAUUCAACCCGUAUGAUUACGAUAGUGUUAACAAAUUAUAUCAUUCUGCAAUUGUCACUGAAGAAUAUCUACAAGACACUGAUAAAUAUUGGUGUGAACAAUGUUGUCGAUAUAACGAAGCUAAAAGAAGUGUUGGAUAUGAAAGUUUACCUCGAUUACUUACAUUACAUUUAAAGCGUUUUUGUACCAACUAUAGAGCUGUUGUGUCAAAAGUAAACGAGCACAUGCCAACACCUUUAACGCUUGAGUGUUUUUGUGAAGAGUGUUUAUCUCUGAAUUCACAACAGCAAACUCGAGCACAUAGCUACCAGUUGUAUGCUAUAAUAAUGCAUUUGGGGGCUACAAUUGCAUCUGGGCAUUAUGUUGCAUAUGUGAAAGCUCAAGAUAAUCUUGAAGAAUAUAUCAAUUGUCCUCGUGAUCGACGUAAAACUGGUAGCCUUUCUGUUACGCCCAAUGGUACUUUGCCAGCAAACUACAAAAAGUCAUCUAUAUCAAAUGGUCUCUUUCGAUUUUUAAAAAUAUCACCAAAAACUUCUUCAUCUUCAGGGACAUCUAAUAGUCCAUCAAGUGAUUCAAUAGAUUCAGGGAAAGUUUCUUCCAUUGGACGACUGUGUCGCAGUCUAGAAUGUUGUGGAUUACGCAUAUUAGACAAUUCAGAAAGUGGUGACAGUGUUUGGUUAGAAUGUGAUGAUGAAACAGUAAGAACAAUAUCUGUUGCACAAUUGACACAAAUUUUAGAAUCCAAAUCGUCCAAGAAUUCUGCAUUAACUCCAUAUUUAUUGUUUUACGUUAAAGUCAACCACAAUGAAUAACUAAACAUAAAUGUAAAUAUUUUACAUACUAUAUUAACCCCGAGGUGUUCAUUUCGUGAUAAACAUUAUAGUGGGACUUUAAUAGCUUGCACCCUUACCAAAGACUAACUUAUAAGUGCACUCAUUGUCACUCCAACUUUUUAUAUUUUAAAUUAAAUAUACUUGGGGUCUUGUAAAUGGUAUGUUAUUAGAAUUAUAAGUUGUUUAAUCAUUAAACUACAUCCACUUUAUAACAUACAAUCAGGACAACCAUGUGUUAUACUGUUAUAUAAAAUAAAUAUACGAUUAUUUUAAAUUUUUAAC